CUUCAAAACACAAACUUAACUCAUUCCAUGUGCGCACGACAGUCGUAACGAAUGACAGCUGACGUUUCGAAUGUCAAACUCGGUUGUUUACACAUUUUCGACUGUCAGACACAACAAGCCAGUCAAAUAAAACGUAUUUGUUCUAAUAAACAAGCAUUUGUUUUUGUUUUUAAUAUUAAGUUUGGAUUUUCAUUGAAAAAUGGGAAAAAAUUAUUACUGCGAAUAUUGCGAUAAACGACUGAAAGACGAUCCAAGUAUUAAACGAAAGCACAACGAAGGAUUACCACAUCAAAAGGCUCGCAAUGAACACUACGCACAUUUUAAGAACGCACAAGAUAUCUUGAAAGAGGAACAAAAGAAAAAACCAUGCGCCAAAUUUCCAAAUGGAUUAUGUCAAUUCGGUGCUAUGUGUCGAUUCAGCCACUACACACCCGAUGAAUUGGCGAAAAUCAAGGCAAAAGCCGAACUCGAAAAGCAGCAGCAAACGGCCAGUCAAGAGGAAAAAGUCUAUUCAAAAAGUAUGAUUGACACCUUCAUGAAGAAGCGAAAAAUGACAAAAGAGCAUUGUGAUCAACGAUUUCUGCGUGAAUUUUUCAAUUAUCCCGAAGAAUUGCUAAAGCACGAUGAUGAAUUGCCGCCAUCAUUAAGACCUAUCGACGCUGAAACGCUGCGAAAAGAAUUCAAACCUACUUUCUUCGGAUAAAAUAAAUAAAAAUUAUGAUUUUAUUUGUUAAUGUAUUUGAAACGGAUUCCAAACAAAGGAAAAAAAAUACACACUUAAAAGUUAGUGUCAUGAUCCAUAUGUAAAUAAAUCCUACAUGGCAUAUAUAUAUCAAUUA